AGUAUUUUUUUUUCUUUAUAAAAAAAAUUAACUAAAACGUAAAAGUGCAAAAAAAUGACCUUAACCGAAAUAUCAGGAUUCUUUCCGGAAUACUAUUUAAAUUUACGAAAUGUUUGCAAAGAAACUGAUAUCGAAAAGAUAUCUAAAUUCACAAAUGACAAGGAUCGCAUGGAAUAUAUUGAUAGUCUGGAAUUUGUUCGAAGCAAUGACCUAAAAAUUGAGCGAAAAUUUGAUGGAAAAAAUAGUUCAACUGCAGCUGCUUUGAAAGAGAAGGGUAAUCAAGCGUUCAAGGCUAUGAAAUGGUUGGAGGCAAUGGUGUUGUAUUCGAAAAGCUACAUUGCUUUGCCGGAUGGAAAAAAUGCUGAAAAGGCUAUUAUUUUGGCCAACCGGUCAGCAGCUCUUUAUCAUAUGCAAAAAUAUGACGAAACUCUAUUGGACAUUCAAAGAUCAAUGGAAUAUGGAUACCCGAAGGAAUUGAUUUACAAACUUUAUGAGCGCCAAGCUUCCUGUCAUUUGGCGAAAAAGAAUUUCAGCAGUGCUCUGUUGUCGUUUCAAAAAACCGUCUCUACAUUAGAUGAUGCAAAACUACCACAAGAAAAGAAAGCAAAGAUGAAAUUCGAUGCAGUUGCAAUGAUAUCGAUGCUUCAGAAGGAUCCAAAAGCAACUAAAAAUGCUGAAAAACACAAAGAAUCCAUAAUCGCCCCUGGAAUUCCCGAUGAAAAGGCAUUUACAAGUACGGCAAUAAGAAUUGACCAAAACAAAGAUGAAGGAAGAUUUGCUAGAGCUGCUCGCGAUAUUAAAGUUGGAGAAGAGAUUUUGGUGGAACAUCCUUUUGCUGCAGUGUUGAUUGAGAAAUUUGCAAAAACUCAUUGUCAAAAUUGUAUGAUAAGAACUGUUAUUCCCUUGGCAUGUCCUAAUUGUUCUGAUGUUGUUUACUGUUCGGAAAAAUGUUUAAAACAAGCUGGUGAAUCCUACCAUAAGUUUGAAUGUGGUCUCUUGGAAACUAUCUGGCGCUCUGGAGCUUCGGUAAAUUGUCAUCUUGCUUUGAGGAUCAUCGCUAGUCAGCCAUUGGAAGGUUUCAAAAAAAUUAAGGAUCAGAUUAAUGGAUCUUUGUCGAUUGAGGAAAUUAAGAAAUUACCAAAGAAUGAUUAUAGAUGUGUUUCCCACUUGGUUCGUCAUGAAAACGAACGUACAGCGUCAAACUUUUUCCAACAUGCUCUAAUGGCCCGUUUCCUCACCAAAUGUCUUGAAACAGCUGGAUACUUCGGAAACUCAGCCAAUCCCGAUGAUGUUCUCCUAAUAAGUUCUUUCAUUUUACGUAACUUACAAUUCAUUCAAUUCAACACCCACGAAAUUUCCGAACUUCAUACUUCGAAAGCUAAACAAACUGAAAAGACUGUGUUUAUCGGAGGAGGAAUUUAUCCAUUUUUGGCGCUAUUCAAUCACUCGUGUGAUCCUGGUAUUGUAAGAUUUUUCCGAGGAACAACAAUUCAUGUCAACACCGUCAAGUCUAUUGAAGCUGGUCUUCAAAUAUCUGAAAACUAUGGCCCAAUGUAUACUCAAGAAAAACGUGAAGAUCGUCAAGCAAAGCUUAAGGAUUUGUAUUGGUUUGAAUGUUCGUGUGAUGCAUGUUUGGAAAAUUGGCCACGAUUCGAGGAAAUGAAGAUCGAUGUUAUUCGAUUUAGGUGUGAUGCAGCAAAAUCAUGCCCGGCUAUAAUUGAGGUCCCAAUGAAUUGUAAUGAUUUUAUGGUGCAAUGUGUUCAUUGUGGUCAGAGUACCAAUAUACUCAAGGGAUUGAAAGUUAUGCAGGAUACUGAACUUAUGACUAGAACAGCAAAGCGUCUGUAUGAUGUUGGAGAAUAUUCUGAUGCUUUGAAGAAAUAUAUUGAUUUGCUAAAGAUCAUGAAUGAAGUAUUGGCACCACCAUUUCCAGAUUAUUGUCAUUGUCAGCAGAGUCUGAGGGAUUGCUUCUUGCACUUUGGAAACUCAUAUGAUCUAGAAUAGAUCAAAA